AUGCAGAAGAGGAACCGGACGAUCCCAAAUUGGCUGAAGGGUUCCUUCGUUCGUGUGGGGCCUGGAAAAUACGAAUUGCAUGGAUCCUUUUGCUUGAAUCAUUGGUUCGACGGAUACGCCGUUCUUUACAAGUUCGACAUCAGAGAUGGACGCGUGAUGUUCAGCAAGCGGUAUCUGGAAUCGGAUGCGUACAAAAAGGCGGAAACAAACGGGAAGCCAAUUUAUACGGAAUUCGGAACCCGGGGGUAUCCAGAUACGAGCAAGAACAUCUUCUUCCGAAUGGUCACCAACUUUAACCCAUCGCAUUUGACCGACAACGACUUCACGAACAUCUUCCGGGUCCAAGACGAUCUCUACGUCUCGACCGAGACUUGCUUCAUCCGUCGCAUCGACGCCAAGACCUUGGAAACCAAGGAGAAGGUGGAUUAUCACAAGGCCGUGGGAGUGAACUUGGCCAGCUCCCAUCCCCACGUGGACCGAGAUGGCACGACCUAUAAUUUAGGCGCUUCCUUCCUACAUGGACUUCGUUAUGACGUCAUCAAGAUACCUCCAGGAGGCAAAGGAGCAGGGUUGCUGAAAAACGCGAGCUUGAUGUGCCACGUCCCGGCGAGAUCGAAGACGAACUUCAGCUACUACCACAGUUUCGGGAUGAGUGAAAAUUACCUGGUGAUCAUUGAGCAACCCAUGGUGAAUCGCUUCGUGGUGGUAGAGAAGGGAACAGGUAAGAUACUGAAGACAAGUUUCUACUCCUCGGCACCAUUCUUCUAUUUCCAUCACGCCAACACCUACGAAAUUGAUGGACAGUUGGUGGUGGACGUGAUAGGGUUCGACAGCCCGGAGAUCGUGGAUAAGUUCUUCCUGGACAAGCUCAGGAGUCCGGAUUUUGACCUGAUCGAUCGAGGUCAUCUGCUCCGUUUCGUUCUUCCCCUCAUCGAGGGAGAUGCCGUCAAAAAUGCACCAAAGGGAGAGAACUUGGUACACCUGGAGGGCUGGGAAAUGAGGGCAGAGAAGGUGGAGCAAGGGCACCAUCACCACGGUGAACACAUCAUCCUCACGCCGGACACCACGGGUCACAUCGGUUAUGAGACACCCUGCGUGAAUCCCCAUUUUGUCGGCAGGCCCUACCGUUACCUCUUCGUCUCGGGGUUCUUCGAUCCCGGAGAUUUCCGCAAUUCCCUGGUGAAGAUGGACCUGGAGACGAAGGAGGUGCUAACAUGGUUCGACAGCGAGUUCACGUACCCAGGCGAGCCUCAAUUCAUUCCCAGCCCCAACGGAGGCGGAGUCGAGGAAGACGAUGGGAUUCUCAUAGCAUCCGUGAAGGAUGUGAGACCGGGAAAUCCAGAUUUCUUACUCAUCCUGGAUGCCCGGGACAUGAAGGAAAUCGGACGGGCCCUCGUCCAGGAUUUCAUCCCCAUUGGCCUUCAUGGCAUCUUCAUCCCCGCCAAGUAAUCAGGCCAUUUAUGUGCAAUCUCCGAUUCAAAUCCGUUGCCAAGCCAGCAAAAAACCCUGCUCGCCUCUAGUCUUUAGGCCACAUUGCCUUCUGGUCCCCCCCCCCCUGAUGUGUUAGCCUGGGUUGUGG